AUGAAGGCAGAUGUAUCCGGUUUGGUUUUCUUUGCCCUCGGCUUGCUCGGUGUGGUAAGAGCGGUGAACGUGACUGCUUCUUACAGUUACUACCCCAAGAACGAAACAUUCCUACAUGUUGAGACCAACGAAGGCCCUUUCAACUGCCCGAUUCCUUGCCAAUCAUAUCGCACUGCGACCGGCUGCACCUCUGACACCGGAUCGAGCACGAGCACAGACAGCAAGAGCACACAAAAUUGCUCCAAGUUGUUUGGAAGCAGUGGGGCAGCGGUCAUAAUCUGUGAAAAUGUCGUGGGCAAAGAAACAAAGCGGUACAGUUGCACCGGUGUAGAUCCCAAGUCGAAAUUCUUUUGUUCCAAAUGCACCAAGAUCAGUUCUUAG